AUGGGACCUAAAUUCGAUCCAACCGCUGUUUAUGAAAUUAUGGUUCGUGUCACUGGUGGUGAAGCACCAGGUGGUUCAUCAUUAGCUCCUAAAAUAGGUCCUCUUGGUCUUUCUCCAAAAAAAGUUGGUGAUGAUAUUGCUAAAGCAACAGGUGAAUGGAAAGGCAUGCGUGUGACAGUGAAGCUAACUGUGCAAAAUCGUAAUGCGAAAAUCGAUGUCAUCCCAUCAGCAUCGUCGCUUGUUAUCAAAGCACUGAAAGAACCACCACGCGAUCGUAAAAAACAAAAGAAUAUUAAACAUGAUGGUAAUGUUUCACUUGAUGAAAUCUACAAAAUCGCUCGAAUUAUGCGAGUACGUUCAUUAGCUAAGACAUUCGACGGCACUGUAAAAGAAAUUCUCGGCACAGCUCAAUCUGUCGGUUGUAAAGUCGAUGGCUCACAUCCUCAUGAUAUUAUCAAUCAGAUAAAUAACGGUCAAGUGGAUGUACCACGCGAGUAA